AUGCUUGUGGUGGAAGCGCACAAGGCACCCAACACCAGUCUGGCAGUGCAGUAUAUCAUGGAGAAGCAGCUCCAGGACAAGACGAUCGGCAUCGUCUCCAAGUGCGAUUUGUGCAUCGACAACAGGGAUGCUCUCCGAGCGCGGAUCCUGCAUGAGCCUUCAGUGCCCAAAGACAACUCGCCUGGCGAGUCGCCAGAGGAUCUCGGCGCUAUCCGGAUGAAGUGCUGGAUCGCAAGCAUGCAGGGACCCGAGAAGCAGGGCGAGGAGCGAGCGAAGGAGUUCACGACACACAACUUCGAACGGGUGUGGAUGCAGCAGAAGAUAGAGAAUGAUUUCUUUGCGAACAUCUCGGAGCUGCAGGACCUCCAGGAGAAGGGGCAUGCAGGAAUCCCAUGCCUCGUGGAGAAGCUUCACAAGGAAUAUCUCAACCACCUGCACCUUUCCUGGAAGUGGGACGCCUUCUACAAGUUGGAGGCCAAGUUGGACCGGCUGCAGUUCGACCUGAGUCUGCUCGGCGUGGUGCCGGAGGACCAGAAGGAGCAGCUCGCAAGUGCGGAGGUCGAGAGGCGCCUGGGCCAGAGCUCGCCCUUCACACGGGCUUUGUAUCAGUCCUUCGUCACGGACGUGCUUCAAGACGGCCUGUUUGGAAGGAUCUCACAUGCUUUGCUCCAGUUCCAGGGCGAAGGCUACCUGUGCGAGGGCUUCAAACAGCAGAGUGCUAUUGAUCGCGUCUGCGCUGACAUUCGCAAGAUCACGGGCGAGGCUCUCCAGGCAGUUUCCAGUCAUCUGGUGAAUCCGGUGCGGGAAAUCCUCGAGACGGAAAGCAAGGUGUCGUCUGGCGCGGACUACGUCAACAUUGUCACCCAUGCUCCAGAGUGCCUCGGGCUGGAGCCACUGCAAGCCUUUGAAGAGGGCAAACGCUGGAAGAGUAUGCAGCAGACGCUGAAAGAUCGGCCGAUCAUCCAGCUCAGCAGCUACGCAACCUACACCGAUGCCAUCAUGCAGCGUUGCGAGACCCUGCAUGCGGAUGCCGUUCAACAGCUCUGGAGCAAGAGCGAGGAGCUCUUGAAGCGGUUGGCCGAUCUUGACGCGCCGAACCCGUGGAUUCAGGUGAAAGCACUGUUUGAGCCGCAGGGCUUGGGCGCCUCGCGAAGCAAGGUGGUGAUGUACGGCAAGGCAGAAGAGUUUGCCACAGCAAUGUAUGCACUUUUCCUUCGCCACAUCCCCUCGCAAGAUCAGCUGGCGAAUUUGCACGCCGGCCUUCCAGUGGGCGAAGAGCGAGCCGAGACGCGAUCGCAGGUAGACAGUCUGACGGCGGAGAGGGCCAAGGUGCUCGAAGCUCGGACCGGCAUCCGCGACGCGCUCUCCAUCGAUGACGAAGAGUUCGCAGAGAUCCAGCAGAAGUAUGAGGCGGCGGCUUCGUGCCAACCUCCGUUCGUAGCACCGACACCAAGCACGACGGAGGCCGGUAGCUCCAGUGGCGCAGACACAGAAGGAGUUAGUGCCUCAUCUUCGGACGCGGAGAUCGUGGCCGAAACUACCAAGGUUCACAUCAAGUCUUGGGCAUCAAGCUUUGAGAUGGAAAUCCUGAACGAGGCAACCGUGCAAGACCUGAAAGAGCUCCUCCGAGAAGAGCUUGGAGAGUCCUCGGAGCAGCAGCUGAAGCUCAUUUUCAAGGGCGACACACUCGAAGACUUGCGCCGGGUGAAGGAUCUCGGACUUGCCGAGGAUGAGUUCCUUGUGGUGGACAAAGCCCACGAGGUGCCAAAGGCUGAAGAGGCAUCAAAGACUGAGGAGCCAGCUGCGGAGGACGCGGCGGGGUCGAAGGAUGCUCCCCGACUCCUCGGCUCGCUGAAACCUCGCGGUGGGAGGGGCGAGGCCAAGGACGUCAAGGCGCAGCGGCCGAGUACUCUGUUCAUGUGCGCCCCUGUUGGACUUUGUGAUGGGGCCCAGCUGGAGGCCAUGUCGGAGCAGCUGCCGGCGGUGAAAGAGCUGGUUCAGAAAGCCAAGUCCGUUUGCGACUGCUACGAGCCAACAACAUGCUUUUGCGUGAAUGCUGCUAUAGCCUCCCUCGCCGCAAUCGCGAAGUUCAGAGACGAUAUGCACCAGGCCGCUUCCGAACUCUCGAUCUUCGGCUGUGGCCCUGGAGGGAUUCUGGCUGCCCUUUGUGCGACUGGUGUCAUGGUCGAUGAGCAGUGCCUCCGCAUUGCCAAGCUAGCAGACGACGCUUUGUCAGCUCAGACCGGUGGCAAGAAGCAGCGCACGAUCCACAUUUGUGGUCUCGGGGUUGAGUCGGUGUCUGCGCUGUGCCAGACAGCCGCCACCAAGAAGGACGGAGACGUGUGUGCCAUCUCAGAAUACAUUGACCGGAACAGCUUCGUUGUGGCCGGCACAGAACAGGCCAUCUGCAGAUUCGAGCAACUUGCAAAAGCCAGCCCUGGUCAUUGUACCGUUGUCGCCGUGGGUAGCACCACCUGGUGCUGCUCAUUGAUGCAGACGGCACAGGAGAAGUUCAAUGCCGCAUUGGAUUUACAGUUGCCAGCAAUGAACUCGCCCACGACUACAGUUUGGAUGUCAACAACUGCGAAGCCAUUUCGACCGGGCUCAGAUCCCAAGGAGAUUCUGGUCGAGUUGAAGAGGAUUCUGACUAGCCCCAUCCUGAUGCAGCAGUGCGUGGAAGCCGCCCACGAGGAUGGCUUCGAGGAGCUCGUUUAUUACUGCUACAACAGCACGGAGAUCAGGAGAAAGAAGUUGCAACGUGUUCCAUGCGACGACGAGAUCCCCAUAUGUUACUA